GGAAGAAGGAAGUGGCGGGCUGACGCGGCGGGCGGGUGGGAGGACUCGGCGGCAGCCGCUAGAGCCGGGCGCCCGGGGACGUAGCCUCUAGGGCCACCGGGUCCCCGUCAGGGGCGGCGGCGGGAACAGCGGGGACUGCAGGCCAAGGCGGAGCGAGCGCGGCCCCGCGGGCUGCGGCCCGGUGUGUGCGGAGCGUGGCGGGCGCAGCUUACCGGGCGGAGGUGAGCGCGGCGCCGGCUCCUCCUGCGGCGGACUUUGGGUGCGACUUGACGAGCGGUGGUUCAACAAGUGGCCUUGCGGUCCGGAUCGUCCCAGUGGAAGAGUUGUAAAUUUGCUUCUGCAAACCUUUUGGUACCUGGCCUUCCUCUACGGAUUAUACUCAACUUAUUGUUUAGAAAAUGGGGCCCACGAGACGCCUGGUUACUAUCAAAAGGAGCGGGGUCGACGGUCCCCACUUUCCCCUGAGCCUCAGCAGCUGCUUGUUUGGAAGGGGCGUUGAAUGUGACAUCCGUAUCCAGCUUCCUGUUGUGUCAAAACAACAUUGCAAAAUUGAAAUCAAUGAGCAGGAGGCAAUAUUACAUAAUUUCAGUUCCACAAAUCCAACACAAGUAAAUGGGUCUGUUAUUGAUGAGCCUGUACGGCUAAAACAUGGAGAUGUAAUAACUAUUAUUGAUCGUUCUUUCAGAUAUGAAAAUGAAAGUCUUCAGAAUGGAAGGAAGUCAACUGAAUUUCCAAGAAAAAUACGUGAACAGGAGCCAGCACGUCAUGUCUCAAGAUCUAGCUUCUCUUCUGACCCUGAUGAGAAAGCUCAAGAUUCCAAGGCCUAUUCAAAAAUCACUGAAGGAAAAGUUUCAGGAAGUCCUCAGGUACAUAUCAAGAAUGUCAAAGAAGACAGUACUGCAGAUGACUCAAAAGACAGUGUUGCUCAGGGAACACCUAAUGUUCGUUCCUCAGAACAUGCUGGAUGUAAUGGCAGAAAUGCAGCUGAUCCCAUUUCUGGGGAUUUUAAAGAAAUUUCCAGGGUUAAAUUAGUGAGCCGUUAUGGUGAAUUGAAGUCUGUUCCCACUACACAAUGUCUUGACAAUAGCAAAAAAAAUGAAUCUCCCUUUAGGAAGCUUUAUGAGUCAAUGAAGAAAGAGUUGGAUGUAAAAUCACAAAAAGAAAAUGUUCUACAGUAUCGUAGAAAAUCUGGAUUACAAACUGAUUACACAACAGAAAAAGACAGUGCUGAUGGUUUACAGGGGGAGACCCAACUGUUGGUCUCGUGUAAGUCAAGACCGAAAUCUGGUGGAAGCAGCCAUGCUAUGGCAGAGCCUGCUUCACCUGAACAAGAGCUUGACCAGAACAAGGGGAAGGGAAGAGACGUGGAGUCUGUUCAGACUCCCAGCAAGGCUGUGGGCGCCAGCUUUCCUCUCUAUGAGCCGGCUAAGAUGAAGACCCCUGUACAAUAUUCACAGCAACAAAAUUCUCCACCAAAACAUAAGAACAAAGACCUGUAUACUACUGGUAGAAGAGAAUCUGUGAAGCUGGGUAAAAGUGAAGGCUUCAAGGCUGGUGAUAAAACUCUUACUCCCAGGAAGCUUUCAACUAGAAAUCGAACACCAGCUAAAGUUGAAGAUGCAGCUAACUCUGCCGCUAAGCCAGAAAAUCUCUCUUCCAAAACCAGAAGAAGUAUUCCUACAGAUGUGGAAGUUCUACCUACAGAAACCAAAAUUCACAAUGAGUCAUUUUUAACUCUGUGGCUCACUCAAGUUGAAAGGAAGAUCCAAAAGGAUUCCCUCAACAAGCCUGAAAAAUUGGGCACUACAGCUGGACAGAUGUGCUCUGGGUUACCUGGUCUUAGUUCAGUUGAUAUCAACAACUUUGGUGAUUCCAUUAAUGAGAGUGAGGGAAUACCUUUGAAAAGAAGGCGUGUGUCCUUUGGUGGGCACCUAAGACCUGAAUUAUUUGAUGAAAACUUGCCUCCUAAUACGCCUCUCAAAAGGGGAGAAGCCCCAACCAAAAGAAAGUCUCUGGUAACGCACACUCCACCUGUCCUGAAGAAAAUCAUCAAGGAACAGCCUCAACCAUCAGGAAAACAAGAGUCAGCUUCAGAAAUCCAUGUGGAAGUGAAGGCACAAAGCUUGGUUAUAAGCCCUCCAGCUCCUAGUCCUAGGAAAACUCCAGUUGCCAGCGAUCAACGCCGUAGGUCCUGCAAAGCAGCCCCUGCUUCCAGCAGCAAAUCUCAGACAGAGGUUCCUAAGAGAGGAGGGAGAAAGAGCGGCAACCUGCCUUCAAAGAGAGUGUCUAUCAGCCGAAGUCAACAUGAUAUUUUACAGAUGAUAUGUUCCAAAAGAAGAAGUGGUGCUUCAGAAGCCAAUCUGAUUGUUGCAAAAUCGUGGGCAGAUGUAGUAAAACUUGGUGCAAAACAAACACAAACUAAAGUUAUAAAACAUGGUCCUCAAAGGUCAAUGAACAAAAAGCAAAGAAGACCUGCUACUCCAAAGAAGCCUGUGGGCGAAGUUCACAGUCAAUUUAGUACAGGCCACGCAAACUCUCCUUGUACCAUAAUAAUAGGGAAAGCUCAUACUGAAAAAGUUCAUGUGCCUGCUCGACCUUACAGAAUGCUCAACAACUUCGUUUCCAACCAAAAAAUGGACUUUAAGGAAGAUCUUUCAGGAAUAGCUGAAAUGUUCAAGACCCCAGUGAAGGAGCAACCACAGUUGACAAGCACAUGUCACGUCGCUAUUUCAGAUUCAGAGAAUUUGCUUGGAAAACAGUUUCAAGGAACUGAUUCAGGAGAAGAACCUCUGCUCCCCACCUCAGAGAGUUUUGGAGGAAAUGCGUUCUUCAGUGCACAGAAUGCAGCAAAACCGCCAUCUGAUAAGUGCUCUGCAAGCCCUCCCUUACGACGGCAGUGUAUUAGAGAAAAUGGAAACAGAGCAAAAGCGCCCAGGAACACCGACAAAAUGACUUCCGCAGAGACAAAAACUUCAGAUACUGAGACAGAGCCUUUAAAACCAGUAUCCACUGCAAACAAGUCAAGAAGGUCUACAGAGUUCAGAAAUAUACAGAAGCUACCUGUGGAAAGCAAGAGUGAAGAAACAAAUACAGACAUUGUUGAGCGCAUCCUAAAAAGAUGUCAGAAGGCAACACUGCUACAACAAAGGAGAGAAGGAGAGAUGAAGGAAAUAGAAAGACCUUUUGAGACAUAUAAGGAAAAUAUUGAAUUAAAAGAAAAUGAUGAAAAGAUGAAAGCAAUGAAGAGAUCAAGAAGAACUUGGGGGCAGGAAUGUGAACCAAUGUCUGACCUGACAGACUUCAAGAGCUUGCCUGAUACAGAACUCACGAAAGACACGGCACGUGGCCAGGAUCUCCUCCAAACCCAAGAUCAUGCCACGGCACCAAAGAGUGAGAAGGGCAAAAUCACUAAAAUGCCCUGCCGGUCAUCACAACCAGAACCAAUAAACACCCCAACACACAUAAAACAACGGCUGAAGGCAUCCCAGGGGAGAGUGGGUGUGAAAGAAGAGCUCCUGGCAGUCGGCAAGCUCACACAGAUGUCAGGGGAAACCACGCACACAGAGCCAGCAGGAGAUGGCAAGAGCAUUAGAAUGUUUAAGGAGUCUCCAAAGCAGAUCCUGGACCCAGCAGCCCAUGUAACUGGAAUGAAGAAGUGGCCAAGAACGCCUAAGGAAGAGGCCCAAUCACUAGAAGACCUGGCUGGCUUCAAAGAGCUCUUCCAGACACCAGGUCCCGCUGAGGAAUCAAUGACUGAUGAGAAAACUAACAAAAUAGCCUGCAAAUCUCCACCACCAGAAUCAGUGGACACUCCAACAAGCACAAAGCAACGUCCUAAGAGAAGUCUUAGGAAAGCAAACAUAGAGGAAGAAUGCUUAGCACUCAGGAAACGAACACCAUCAGCAGGGAAAGCCAUGCACACGCCCAAACCAGCAGGAGGUGAUGAGAAAGACAUGAAAGCAUUUAUGGGAACUCCAGUGCAGAAACUGGACCUGGCAGGAACUUUACCUGGCAGCAAAAGACAGCUACAAACUCCUAAGGAAAAGGCCCAGGCUCUAGAAGACCUGGCUGGCUUUAAAGAGCUCUUUCAGACUCCUGGUCACACCGAGGAAUUAGUGGCUGCCGGUAAAACCACUAAAAUACCCUGCAAAUCUCCACAGCCAGACCCAGUGGACACCCCAACAAGCACAAAGCAACUACCCAAGAGAAGUAUCGGGAAAGCAGAUGUAGAGGGAGAACUCUUAGCAUUCAGGAAACUAACGCCAUCAGCAGGCAAAGCCAUGCACACGCCUAAACCAUCAGUAGGUGAAGAGAAAGACAUCAACACAUUUGUGGGAACUCCAGUGCAGAAACUGGACCUGACAGAGAACUUAACCAGCAGCAAGAGACGGCCACAAACUCCUAAGGAAAAGGCCCAGGCUCUAGAAGACCUGACUGGCUUUAAAGAGCUCUUCCAGACCCCUGGUCAUACUGAGGAAGCAGUGGCUGCUGGCAAGACUACUAAAAUGCCCUGCAAAUCUUCUCCACCAGAAUCAGCAGACACCCCAACAAGCACAAGAAGGCAGCCCAAGACACCUUUGGGGAAAGGGGAUGUACAGAAAGAGCUCUCAUCCCUGAAGAAGCUCACACAGACAUCAGGGGAAACCACACACACAGAUAAAGUACCAGGAGCUGAGGAUAAAAGCAUCAACGUGUUUAGGGAAACUGCAAAGCAGAAACUGGACCCAGCAGCAAGUGUAACUGGCAACAAGAGGCAGCCAAAAACUAAGGAAAAGGCCCCACCCCUAGAAGACCUGGCCGGCUUGAAAGAGCUCUUCCAGACACCAGUAUGCACUGACAAGCCCACGACUCAUGAGAAAACUACCAAAAUAGCCUGCAGAUCACAACCAGACCCAGUGGACACACCAACAAGCUCCAAGCCACAGUCCAAGAGAAGUCUCAGGAAAGUGGACGUAGAAGAAGAAUUCUUAGCACUCAGGAAACGAACACCAUCAGCAGGCAAAGCCAUGCACACACCCAAACCAGCAGUAAGUGGUGAGAAAAACAUCUACGCAUUUAUGGGAACUCCAGUGCAGAAACUGGACCUGCCAGAGAACUUAACUGGCAGCAAGAGACGGCUACAAACUCCUAAGGAAAAGGCCCAGGCUCUAGAAGACCAGGCUGGCUUUAAAGAGCUCUUCCAGACACCAGGUCACACUGAGGAAUCAAUGACUAACGAUAAAACUGCCAAAGUAGCCUGCAAAUCUUCACAACCAGACCCAGACAAAAACCCAGCAAGCUCCAAGCGACAGCUCAAGACAUCCCUGGGGAAAGUGGGCGUGAAAGAAGAGCUCCCAGCAGUUGGCAAGCUCACACAGACGUCAGGGGAGACUACACACACACACACACAGCCAACAGGAGAUGGUAAGAGCAUGAAAGCAUUUAUGGAGUCUCCAAAGCAGAUCUUAGACUCAGCAGCAAGUCUAACUGGCAGCAAGAGGCAGCCAAGAACUCCUAAGGGAAAGUCUGAAGUCCCCGAAGACCUGGCCGGCUUCAACGAGCUCUUCCAGACCCCAAGUCACACUAAGGAAUCAAAGACGAAUGAAAAAACUACCAAAAUAUCCUACAGAGCUUCACAGCCAGACCCAGUGGACACCCCAACAAGCUCCAAGCCACAGCCCAAGAGAAGUCUCAGGAAAGCAGACAUUGAAGAAGAAUUUUUAGCAUUUAGGAAACGAACGCCAUCAGCAGGCAAAGCCAUGCACACACCCAAACCAGCAGUAGGUGAAGAGAAAGACAUCAACACAUUUAUGGGAACUCCAGUGCAGAAACUGGACCUGCCAGGAAAUUUACCUGGCAGCAAGAGACGGCUACAAACUCCUAAGGAAAAGGCCCAGGCUCUAGAAGACCUGACUGGCUUUAAAGAGCUCUUCCAGACCCCUGGUCAUACUGAGGAAGCAGUGGCUGCUGGCAAGACUACUAAAAUGCCCUGCAAAUCUUCUCCACCAGAAUCAGCAGACACCCCAACAAGCACAAGAAGGCAGCCCAAGACACCUUUGGGGAAAAGGGAUGUACAGAAAGAGCUCUCAUCCCUGAAGAAGCUCACACAGACAUCAGGGGAAACCACACACACAGAUAAAGUACCAGGAGCUGAGGAUAAAAGCAUCAACGUGUUUAGGGAAACUGCAAAGCAGAAACUGGACCCAGCAGCAAGUGUAACUGGCAACAAGAGGCAGCCAAAAACUAAGGAAAAGGCCCAACCCCUAGAAGACCUGGCCGGCUUGAAAGAGCUCUUCCAGACACCAGUAUGCACUGACAAGCCCACGACUCAUGAGAAAACUACCAAAAUAGCCUGCAGAUCACAACCAGACCCAGUGGACACACCAACAAGCUCCAAGCCACAGUCCAAGAGAAGUCUCAGGAAAGUGGACGUAGAAGAAGAAUUCUUAGCACUCAGGAAACGAACACCAUCAGCAGGCAAAGCCAUGCACACACCCAAACCAGCAGUAAGUGGUGAGAAAAACAUCUACGCAUUUAUGGGAACUCCAGUGCAGAAACUGGACCUGCCAGAGAACUUAACUGGCAGCAAGAGACGGCUACAAACUCCUAAGGAAAAGGCCCAGGCUCUAGAAGACCAGGCUGGCUUUAAAGAGCUCUUCCAGACACCAGGUCACACUGAGGAAUCAAUGACUAACGAUAAAACUGCCAAAGUAGCCUGCAAAUCUUCACAACCAGACCCAGACAAAAACCCAGCAAGCUCCAAGCGACAGCUCAAGACAUCCCUGGGGAAAGUGGGCGUGAAAGAAGAGCUCCCAGCAGUUGGCAAGCUCACACAGACGUCAGGGGAGACUACACACACACACACACAGCCAACAGGAGAUGGUAAGAGCAUGAAAGCAUUUAUGGAGUCUCCAAAGCAGAUCUUAGACUCAGCAGCAAGUCUAACUGGCAGCAAGAGGCAGCCAAGAACUCCUAAGGGAAAGUCUGAAGUCCCUGAAGACCUGGCCGGCUUCAACGAGCUCUUCCAGACCCCAAGUCACACUAAGGAAUCAAUGACGAAUGAAAAAACUACCAAAAUAUCCUACAGAGCUUCACAGCCAGACCCAGUGGACACCCCAACAAGCUCCAAGCCACAGCCCAAGAGAAGUCUCAGGAAAGCAGACACUGAAGAAGAAUUUUUAGCAUUUAGGAAACGAACGCCAUCAGCAGGCAAAGCCAUGCACACACCCAAACCAGCAGUAGGUGAAGAGAAAGACAUCAACACAUUUAUGGGAACUCCAGUGCAGAAACUGGACCUGCCAGGAAAUUUACCUGGCAGCAAGAGACGGCUACAAACUCCUAAGGAAAAGGCCCAGGCUCUAGAAGACCUGACUGGCUUCAGAGAGCUCUUCCAGACACCAUGCACUGAUAACCCCACGACUGAUGAGAAAACUACCAAAAUACUCUGCAAAUCUCCACAAUCAGACCCAGUGGGCACCCCAACAAGCACAAAGCAACGGCCCAAGAGAAGCCUCAAGAAAGCAGACGUAGAGGAAGAAUUUUUAGCAUUCAGGAAACUAACACCAUCAGCAGGCAAAGCCAUGCACACGCCUAAAGCAGCAGUAGGUGAAGAGAAAGACAUCAACACAUUUGUGGGGACUCCAGAGCAGAAACUGGACCUGCCAGGAAAUUUACCUGGCAGCAAGAGACGGCCACAAACUCCUAAAGAAAAGGCCAAGGCUCUAGAAGACCUGGCUGGCUUCAAAGAGCCCUUCCAGACACCAGGUCACACUGAGGAAUCAAUGACUGAUGACAAAAUCACAGAAGUAUCCUGCAAAUCUCCACGGCCAGACCCAGUCAAAACCCCAACAAGCUCCAAGCGACAACUCAAGAUAUCCUCGGGGAAAGUAGGUGUGAAAGAAGAGGUCCUACCAGUCGGCAAGCUCACACAGAUGUCAGGGAAGACCAUGCAGACACACAGAGAGACAGCAGGAGAUGGAAAGAGCAUCAGAGCGUUUAAGGAAUCUGCAAAGCAGAUGCUGGACCCAGCAAACUAUGGAACUGGGACGAAGAGGUGGCCAAGAACACCUAAGGAAGAGGCCCAAUCACUAGAAGACCUGGCCGGCUUCAAAGAGCUCUUCCAGACACCAGAUCACACUGAGGAAUCAACAACUGAUGACAAAACUACCAAAAUAGCCUGCAAAUCUCCACCACCAGAAUCAAUGGACACUCCAACAAGCAAAAGGAGGCGGCCCAAAACGCCUUUGGGGAAAAGGGAUAUAGUGGAAGAGCUCUCAGCCCCGAAGAAGCUCACACAGACCACACACACAGACAAAGUACCAGGAGGUGAGGAUAAAAGCAUCAAUGUGUUUAGGGAAACUGCAGAACAGAAACUGGACCCAGCAGCAAGUGUAACUGGUAGGAAGAGGCAGCCAAGAACUCCUAAGGGAAAAGCCCAACCUCUAGAAGACCUGGUCGGCUUGAAAGAGCUCUUCCAGACACCAGUAUGCACUGACAAGCCCACAACUGAUCAGAAAACUACCAAAAUAGCCUGCAGAUCUCCAAACCCAGACCCAGUGGAUACCCCAACAAUCUUCAAGCCACAGUCCAAGAGAAGUCUCAGGAAAGCAGACGUAGAGGAAGAAUUCUUAGCACUCAGGAAACGAACACCAUCAGUAGGGAAAGCCAUGGACACACCCAAACCAGCAGGAGGUGAUGAGAAAGAAAUGAAAGCAUUUAUGGGAACUCCAGUGCAGAAAUUGGACCUGCCAGGAAAUUUACCUGGAAUCAAAAGACGGCCACAAACUCCUAAGGAAAAGGCCCAGCCUCUAGAAGACCUGACUGGCUUCAAAGAGCUCUUCCAGACACCAGGCACUGACAAGCCCACGACUGAUGAGAAAACUACCAAAAUAGCCUGCAAAUCUCCACAACCAGACCCAGUGGACACCCCAGCAAGCACAAAGCAACGGCCCAAGAGAAGCCUCAGGAAAGCAGACGUAGAGGAAGAAUUUUUGGCACUCAGGAAACGAACACCAUCAGCAGGCAAAGCCAUGCACACACCAAAACCAGCAGUAAGUGAUGAGAAAAAUACCAACACAUUUGUGGAAACUCCAGGGCAGAAACUGGACCUGCUAGGAAAUUUACCUGGCAGCAAGAGACAGCCACAGACUCCUAAGGAAAAGGCUGAGGCUCUAGAGGACCUGGCUGGCUUUAAAGAACUCUUCCAGACACCAGGUCACACUGAGGAAUCAAUGACUGAUGACAAAAUCACAGAAGUAUCCUGUAAAUCUCCACAGCCAGAGUCAUUCAAAACCUCAAGAAGCUCCAAGCAAAGGCUCAAGAUAUCCCUGGUGAAAGUGGACAUGGAAGAAGAGCCCCCAGCAGUCAGCAAGCUCACACGGACGUCAGGGGGGGCUACGCAAACACACGCACAGCCAGUGGGAGAUAGUAAGAGCAUCAAAGCAUUUAAGGAGUCUCCAAAGCAGAUCCUGGGCCCAGCAGCAAGUGUAAAUGGUAGCAGGAGGCAGCUGAGAACCCGUAAGGAAAAGGCCCGUGCUCUAGAAGACCUGGUUGACUUCAAAGAGCUCUUCCCAGCACGAAGUCACACUGAAGAGUCAAUGACUGUUGACAAAAACACAAAAAUUCCCUGCCAAUCUCCACCACCAGAACUAACAGACACUGCCACGAGCACAAAGAGAUGCCCCAAGACACGUCUCAGGAAAGAAGUGAAAGAGGAGCUCUCAGCAGUUGAGAGGCUCACACAAACAUCAGGGCAAAGCACACACACACACAAAGAACUAGCAAGUGGUGAUGAAGGCAUCAAAGUAUUUAAGCAACGUACGAAGAAGAAACCAAACCCAGUAGAAGAGGAACCCAGCAGGAGAAGGCCAAGAGCAUCUAAGGAAAAGGCCCAACCCCUGGAAGACCUGGCCGGCUUCAAAGAGCUCUCUGAAACAUCAGGUCACACUCAGGAAUCACUGCCUGCUGGCAAAGCCACUAAAAUACCCUGCAAAUCUCCCCCACUAGAAGUAGUAGACACCACAGCAAGCACAAAGAGGCAUCUCAGGACACGUGUGCAGAAGGUACAAGUAAAAGAAGAGCCUUCAGCAGUCAAGUUCACACAAACAUCAGGGGAAACCACGGAUGCAGACAAAGAACCAGUAGGUGAAGAUAAAGGCAUCAAAGCAUUGAAAGAAUCUGCAAAACAGACACCGGCCCCAGCAGCAAGUGUAACUGGCAGGAGGAGACGGCCAAGAGCACCCAGGGAAAAUGCCCAAGCCAUAGAAGACCUAGCUGGCUUCAAAGACCCAGCACCAGGUCACACUGAAGAAUCAAUGACUGAUGACAAAACCACUAAAAUACCCUGCAAAUCAUCACCAGAACUAGAAGACACCGCAACAAGCUCAAAGAGACGGCCCAGGACACGUGCCCAGAAAGUAGAAGUGAAGGAGGAGCUGUUAGUGGUCGGCAAGCUCACACAAACAUCAGGGGAAACCACGCACACCGACAAAGAGCCAGUAGGUGAGGGCAAAGGCACGAAAGCAUUUAAGCAACCUGCAAAGCGGAAGCUGGACGCAGAAGAUGGAAUUGGCAGCAGGAGACGGCCAAGAGCACCUAAGGAAAAGGCCCAACCGCUAGAGGAUCUGGCCAGCUUCCAAGAGCUCUCUCAAACACCAGGCCACCCUGAGGAACUGGCAAAUGGUGCUGCUGAUAGCUUUACAAGCGCUCCAAAGCAAACACCCGACAGUGGAAAACCUCUAAAAAUAUCCAGAAGAGUUCUUCGGGCCCCUAAAGUAGAACCCGUGGGAGACAUGGUAAGCACCAGAGACCCUGUAAAAUCACAAAGCAAAAGCAACACUUCCCUGCCCCCACUGCCCUUCAAGAGGGGAGGUGGCAAAGAUGGAAGCGUCAUGGGAACAAAGAGGCUACGCCGCAUGCCAGCGCCAGAGGAAAUCGUGGAGGAGCUGCCGGCCAGCAAGAAGCAGAGGGUCGCUCCCAGGGCAAGAGGCAAAUCACCCAAACCCGUGGUCAUCACGAAGAGAAGUUUGAGGACUUCUGCAAAAAGAAUUGAACCUGCGGAAGAGCUGAACAGCAACGACAUGAAAACCAACAAAGAGGAACACAAAUUACAAGACUCAGUCCCUGAAAAUAAGGGAAUAUCCCUGCGCUCCAGACGCCAAAAUAAGACUGAUGUGGAACAGCAAAUAACUGAAGUCUUUGUAUUAGCAGAAAGAAUAGAAAUAAACAGAAAUGAAAAGAAGCCCAUGAAGACCUCCCCAGAGAUGGACAUUCAGAAUCCAGAUGAUGGAGCCCGGAAACCCAUGCCUAGAGACAAAGUCAGUGAGAACAAAAGGUGCUUGAGGUCUGUUAGACAGAAUGAGAGCUCCCAGCCUAAGGUGGCAGAGGAGAGCGGAGGGCAGAAGAGCACGAGGUUUCUCAUGCAGAAUCAGGAAGGGAAAGGAGAAGCAGGAAAUUCAGACUCCAGGUGUUUGAGAUCAAGAAAAACGAAAAGCCAGUCUCCAGCAAGCACUUUGGAGAGUGAAUCUGCACAGAGAGUAAGGCGGGGUGUCAAGAGGUGUGCAGAAAAUCCAAAGAAGAUACAGAAUUCUGGCAAGUACAGCUGUCCAGACAGACCCUCUUCGGCACGAACUAGGAAGCUUCAACUGCCAAGAAGAGGAAAGAUUCCCAGGUGUCCCCAGUACCUGCUGCAUAGCCAGGCUGAGGACAAUGUGUGCGUCAAGAAAAUAAGGACCAGAAGUCAUAGGGACAGUGAAGAUAUUUAACAGAAAAAUCGAACUGGGAAAAAUAAAGUUAGUUUUGUGAUAAGUUCUAGUGCAGUUUUUGUGAUAAAUUACAAGUGAAUUCUGUAAGUAAGGCUGUCAGUCUGCUUAAGGGAAGAAAACUUUGGAUUUGCUGGGUCUGAAUCGGCUUCAUAAACUCCACUGGGAGCACUGCUGGGCUCCUGGACUGAGAACAAUUGAACACCGUGGGCUUCGCGAAGGAUUUUGGGCCAAGGUUUGCCCUCAGCUUUGUAGAAUGAAGCCUUGAGGUCUAUCACCACCCACAGCCACCCUACAGCAGCCUUAACUGUGACCCUUGCCACACUGUGUCAUUGUUUAAAUGUUUGCCUGUGUCCUCCAGGGCAUGAUGGCAGGAACAACUAUCUUCAUCUGUCCCAACACCGAGCAGGCAUUCGGUAAACACGAAUGAAUGGGUGAGUGCACAGAUGAACGGAGCCUACAAGAUCUGUCUUUCCAAUGGCCGGGGGGCAUUUGGUCCCCACAUUAGGCUAUUGGACAUCUGCACAGGGCAGUCCUAUUUUUGAUGUCCUUUGCUUUCUGAAAAUAAAGUUGUGCUUUGGAGAAUGACUUGUGAGCACAUCUUUAGGGACCAAGAGUGACUUUCUGUAAGGAGUGACUCAUGGCUUGCCUUUGUCUCUUGGGAAUACUUUUCUAACCAGGGUUGCUCUCACCUGAGACAUUCUCCACCCGCGGAAUCUCAGGGUCCCAGGCCGCGGCGCAUCAUGACCUCCAACUGGCUCCUGAUCUCCAGCUUUCCUGUCAUUGGAAGCUUCGGAAGUUUACUGGCUCUGCUCCCGCCUGUUUUCUUUCUGACUCUAUCUGGCAGCCCGAUGCCACCCAGUACAGGAAGUGACACCAAUACUCUGAAAAGCGUCAUCAUCCUUGGAGAGACUGAGCACUCAGUGCCUUCAGCCACGAUUUCAGGAUCACUUCUUGUGAGCUGCUGCCUCCGAAAUCUCCUUUGAAGUCCAGACAUCUUUCUCCAGCUUCAGAACUGUAGACAUAACUUGUUCAUCUUCAUUUACUUUCCACUUUGCCCCCUGUCCUCUCUGUGUUCCCCAAAUCAGAGAAUAGCCCACCAUCCCCCAGGUCACCUGUCUGGAUUCCUCCCCUUUCACCCACCUUGCCAGGUGUAGGUGAGGAUGGUGCACCAGACAGGGUAGCUGUCCCCCAAAAUGUGCCCUGUGCAGGCAGUGCCCCGUCUCCACGCUUCUUUCCCCAGUGUCUGGCGGGGAGCCAGGUGACAUCAUAAAUACUUGCUAAAUGAAUGCAGAAA